GAGUCCGACGGUCCCACGUGUUGAUACAGGAGCAGCCUCGCGUCGCAUGUGCUGCUGUGACCUCGCGCUAACAUGAAUUUAUAAUUAAUAAACACGUGAAAUUUAACAGAAAUGUUGUUCGCUAAAGAAGUGCCGUGGCGGCGGCUGGAGGGCAUGUCGUUCGGCAUGUACUCAGCCGAAGAGAUCAGGAAGUUGAGUGUGAAGGCGAUCACUAACUCCAGGUUCCUCGAUUCUGUCGGGAACGUGGCCCUGAACAGCCUGUACGAUCUGGCCCUGGGACCAGCCGACAACAAAGAGGUGUGUUCUACCUGCUGUCAGGACUUCAGCAACUGCCCAGGACACCUGGGGCAUCUAGAGCUGCCUCUGCCUGUAUACAACCCGCUGUUCUUUGACAAACUCUACCUGCUGAUCCGUGGCUCCUGCCUGUCGUGUCACAUGUUAACGUGUAGCCGAGCUUCCAUCCACCUGCUGCUGAAUCAGCUCAAGUUGCUGGACCACGGAGCCAUGCAGGAGGUCUACCAGAUAGAACAAUAUCUCAACCAGUGCCUGGAGGAGAAUCCCAAAGCGACAGGAGAUGAGAUCCAGGCGGCGCUUCAGGAGUUCACAGACAUGAUAGUUGGAGCGAACGCAGAAGGUUCGGCGAACGCCAAACCGAUUAAACACCUCGUAGAAAAGAGGGGCAGUCUGAUUACCAGCUUCUGGAGGACGUACAUGACUUCUAGGAAGUGCCCAAACUGCAGGACGGGCACGUUCACAGUGCGUCGUGAACACAACACUAAGCUGAUAGUCACAGUGCCAUCAGGAGGACAGAUCAGUGGCUACACUGAUGAGAAUCUGGCGGCCAAGAGGAAAGUCUACCUGACGGCCAGCACGGCUCGAGAACACAUCAACAAGCUGUGGGAGAAAGAAGCUUUCUUCUUGAAGUGUCUGUUCUCCGGGCUGGAUGAGGAGACACCAAAGGGCGGAGACAAACCUUUCUGUCCAGACCUCUUCUUCCUGGAGCUGCUGGUGGUGCCACCAUGCAGGUAUCGUCCUAUCAGUCGCCUGGGCGAUCAGAUGUUCACAAACGGUCAGACGGUCAACAUGCAGGCCGUCAUGAAGGACAGCGAGAUCAUAAGGAAACUUCUGGCUCUCAUAGCAGACAAGAAAACCACUCAGGAGGAAGAGGCUCCUGGACAGACAGACCAGACGUUUCUGGCGGGCAUCCCCGGGCAGACGAUGACGGAUAAACUCUACAACAUAUGGAUUCGACUGCAGGCCCACGUCAACAUCGUCUUCGACAGCGACAUGGACAAACUGAUGUCGGAGAAAUACCCUGGAAUCAGACAGAUCUUGGAGAAGAAGGAAGGAUUGUUCCGAAAGCACAUGAUGGGAAAACGAGUGGACUACGCCGCGCGGUCUGUCAUCUGUCCUGACAUGUACAUCGGGACCAACGAGAUCGGAAUACCGAUGGUGUUUGCCACCAAGCUGACCUACCCUCAGCCCGUCACUCCGUGGAACGUGAAGGAGCUCCGCCAGGCCGUCCUCAACGGGCCCAACGUCCACCCCGGCGCGUCCAUGGUGAUAAACGAGGACGGCAGGAGAACCAUCCUGUCGCCCACCAACUUCGCGCAGAGAGAAGCCGUCGCCAAGCAACUGCUGACGCCGUGUUCCGGCCAACAAAAGAUACCCAUGAAGAUCGUGAAUCGUCACAUAAAGAACGGAGACGUGAUGUUACUGAACAGACAGCCCACCCUGCACAGACCCUCCAUACAAGCCCACUGUGCACGCAUCUUACCAGGAGAGAAGGUGCUUCGACUCCACUACGCCAACUGCAAGGCGUACAACGCCGACUUCGACGGAGACGAAAUGAACGCGCACUUCCCUCAAAGUGAGCUGGCCAGAGCGGAGGCCUACACGUUAGUCAGCACUGACCAGCAGUACCUCGUCCCCAAGGACGGUAAACCUUUAGCGGGUCUGAUCCAGGACCACAUGGUGUCGGGCACGAGGAUGACGAUACGAGGCUGCUUCUUCACCCGAGUCCAGUACACUGAGCUGGUGUACAGAGGACUGACCGACAAACCGGGCAGAGUCAAACUUCUGCCGCCGGCCAUCCUCAAACCUCAGCAGCUAUGGACCGGAAAGCAGGUGGUGUCUACGCUCCUGCUGAAUGUGAUCCCGCAGAAGGCCGUGCCACUCAACCUGGUUAGCAAAUCCAAAAUCCCCAGCAAGGCUUGGAUCCAAGUCCCGCCGCGAGCUGUUCCAGGGUACAACCCUGACAGCAUGUGUGACUCACAGGUUGUGAUUCGUGAGGGGGAAGUGUUGGUCGGCGUCCUGGACAAAGCUCACUACGGCUCCUCGGCCUACGGUCUAGUCCACUGCUGCUACGAGCUGUACGGAGGCGAGACCAGCGGCAAACUGCUCAGCUGUCUGGCUCGACUCUUCACCGCUUACCUGCAGCUGUACAGAGGCUUCACUCUGGGUGUGGAAGACAUCCUGGUGAAAUCGGGUGCCAACAGAAAGAGGAAAAAAAUCAUUCAAGAGUCGCUGAAGAUCGGCACCAAAGCUCUCCAAGCAGCCUUCAACCUGCCUUCCGAUGUGGAUCAAGCUGAGGCUCAGAGCCGCUGGCAGGACGCUCACCUCAAUCCAGACCAGAGAGACUUCAGCAUGGCCGACCACAAGUUCAAAGAAGUGGCCAACCAAGUGAACAACGACAUUAACAAGGUGUGCAUGCCGGUCGGACUCCACACCUCUUUCCCUGACAACAACCUCCAGCUGAUGGUCCAGUCAGGAGCGAAGGGUUCUACUGUAAACACCAUGCAGAUUUCGUGUCUACUAGGUCAGAUUGAGUUGGAGGGCCGUAGGCCUCCACUGAUGCCUUCUGGGAAAUCCUUGCCGUGCUUCCAGCCGUACGACCCCUCGCCCGGUGCUGGCGGCUUUGUUUCUGGAAGGUUUCUCACCGGCAUAAAACCACAGGAGUUUUUCUUCCAUUGCAUGGCUGGCAGAGAGGGACUGGUCGACACAGCUGUGAAAACCUCUAGAUCAGGAUACCUGCAGAGAUGUAUCAUAAAGCAUCUGGAGGGUUUAGUCGUGCAGUACGAUCUGACGGUGAGGGACAGCGACGGAUCCGUGGUCCAGUUCCUGUACGGCGAAGACGGGCUCGACAUCCCCAAGACUCAGUUCCUGCAGCCGAGGCAGUUCCCCUUCAUAGAGGACAACUACGAGGUUAUCAAGAGGUCCCAGGGUCUGGACAGGGUUUUGGCACUUUUGGACCCUCAGGGUGCCAGUCGACACUUUGCAGCCAUCCAGCGCUGGAAAGCAAAGAGAGAGUCGGCAUGUCCACGGAGAGGAGCGUUCUUGCUGUUCUCCCAGAAGAAGUUGGCCAAACUCCAACAGGCCGAACAAGGAGCAGCACUGCCAGAUGUGUAUGGCAGAAACGUCGCGGUACAGCAGCUCUUGCAGCAGUGGCACUCUCUGGACGAGUCCAGCAGAUCCAAAUACAGCAGGAAGUCCUCCCGCUGCCCCGAGCCCUCUUUGAGCACGUUAAGGCCGGACGUGUGCUUCGGAUCAGUGUCUGAAAACUUUCACAGCAUCACAGACAAAUACCUGCAGGACAGAGACGGGCUGAGUGAAGAGCGCCUGGAUUCCCACAGCCUCCGCCAGCUGUUCCACUAUAAGUGGCAGCGGUCACUGUGCGAUCCAGGCGAAGCGGUCGGUCUGCUGGCAGCCCAGUCCAUCGGCGAGCCCUCCACCCAGAUGACCCUGAACACCUUCCACUUUGCCGGAAGAGGAGAGAUGAACGUCACUUUGGGAAUCCCUCGACUGAGGGAGAUCCUGAUGGUGGCCAGCUCCAACAUUAAAACUCCCAUGAUGAGCGUUCCGGUGCUAAACAACAAGAAAGCCUUGAAGAAAGCCAAAACGCUCCGUAAGAAACUCACCAGAGUCUGUCUUGCUGAGGUGCUACAGAAGGUGGAUGUGGUAGAGACGCUGCGGAUUGAAAAACAGAAGUUGCGGACAUUCAAAGUCACCUUUCACUUCCUGCCGCCUCAGCGUUACUGUGACGAUAAGCUGCUGUCACCCCAGCAGAUCCUCCACUACAUGGAAACCAGAUUUUUCCGCCUCCUCCUCGAAGCCAUAAAGAAACGCAGCGCCAAGCUGGCGUCCAUCGCCGUGGAAGCCAGGAAGGCCACCCGCACGGACAAGGACUACGACGGAGACGGAACAGCAGGGUCAGACGACAGGGACGGAGAGGAGGACCGGGAGAUCGUGGACGACGCGGGGGACGAAGGAGACACCGACGCGACAGACGCCAAGCGGAAAAACAAACAGGAAGAGGAGGUGGACUACGAGAGCGAGGAGGAGGACGGAGGAGACGACGGCGAGGAUAGAGAAGAUCAGGAGCAGGAGGAGGCGGUGGAGGAGAAAUCGGAGGACACUCAAGAGAAGUCCCAGCCGGAGUCCGUGGGUGUGAAACCGCGGAAGAGCAAGAACAAACAAGACAAAAAUGGAGAGGGCGGCGUGGACUUGAACCAGAUGAGAGUGAACUCUGUCCUGGAGUCCAACACGGCGAUAGAGAGCUAUUGCUACGAUGUCCAGCAUGAACUCUGGUGUGAGGUUGACCUGGUGUUGCCGGUGAGCAAUGUGCACUUUGACCUCACCUCGGUCCUGUCCACGCUGGCCCAGGACGCCGUCAUCGCGGAGACCAAAGGCUUGACGCGCUGCCUGCUCAGCGAAACCACGAAGAAGACCGGAGAUAAAGAGACGGUUCUCAACACAGAGGGCAUCAACAUGCACGAAAUGUUCAAGCACAGUGAUAUCUUGGACAUAAACAGACUGUACUCCAAUGAGGUGCACGCCAUGGCAAACACCUAUGGCAUUGAAGUCGCUCUGAAAGUCAUAGAGAAGGAGAUCAAAGAUGUAUUUGCGGUCUAUGGUAUCGAGGUGGAUCCCAGACAUCUGUCGCUCGUAGCCGACUACAUGUGUUUUGAAGGUGUAUACAAGCCGUUAAACCGCCUCGCCAUCCAGUCCAACUCGUCCCCUCUGCAGCAGAUGACCUUCGAGACGAGCUACAAAUUCCUCAAACAGGCUACCAUGCUGGGCUCACACGAUCAGCUGGUGUCACCUUCAGCCUGCCUGGUGGUGGGAAAAGUAGUCAAAGGUGGAACGGGAUUGUUUGAACUGAAACAGCCUCUGCGGUAGGAGAGGAAACGCCGCAGUCAGCAGUCAGAGCCGGUCGGACGAGGCACCUCGUGUGAACUUUUGUUAUCAGAGUGACAUGCUUCCGUUUUCUCACCAAUGAAUAAAAAUAUCUUGUUUCUAUGUUCAGGCGGAUGUGACAAA